CAACAAAACAAAAAAGGCAAAAGCAGAAGUUACAGCAAAAGCCAUCAUCGCAAAAGUUAACUGUAGGUUGACGUUUCGAAACCAUCUCGAUGAAUAUAGUUCUUGAAAGAAUACAGCAGUUGUCCAUGAAGAAUCAGCCAAGAAAAAUCAGCCAAGAAGAAUCAGCCAAGAAGAAUCAGCCAAGAAGAAUCAGCCGAAAGAGAAAUGUAGCCUGUGAUCCAGACAUAUUGCUAAUGUAGCAUGUUGCUGUAAUGUUGCUUGAAAUAUCACCUAACAUUGUACAUUUCCAAUAGAUUUGAUAAAUGAAACUUUUUGAAUGAAAACAAAAACGGUUUAUUGACUUUGCUACAGUAUAACACUUAGGAUACCCGCAUGAAAAAACAAAUGCAGGUGUUGAUAUUGAAAAGGUAAAGGAAAAAUACACAAGAAGCAGCACACAGAAAUCUUUUUGGCAGAGGAUUGGUUUGGGUUGUUAUCUUACGCUAGAGAAAACAAACUACUUGCAUUUACGACCUUUUCCCGGGAGCCAUAAGGAGAUGCAGAAAAAAGUGAGACUUAACGGAGGAAAUGGAGGCUCCGAAACAGAAGCAAGUUUGGAAGCAAAUACAAACGUUGCCAUAAUGAACAAGCAUGACUCCGAACAGAAAAGUCAUAUUCUGAAAGAUAUCGAUUCCUUGACAAUCCAUGGCCUGCCAAAAGUGUUUUCAUCAAAAACGUACAUUUCAAGGAUUAUCUGGCUGGUUAUUUGCCUCUCUGCUCUCGUAUUUCUUGUCAUUACGUCAACGAGAAGCCUUAUCAAGUAUUACAGACACGAAGUCUUCAUUGCAGUGGGUACAAAACCUACCAACCACAUGCAUCUACCUGCGGUCACAUUCUGCCAUACAAAUUUCUACAACCCAAUGCUUUAUGGCAAAGCGGCACCAGUGCUUCAGCAUUUUCCAAAAAAUUGUAGUUUCAUGGACGACAAAUAUUUUGUGAAUGAAAUCAACAAACAUAUGUUUUACUUUGCCUGCAGAUUGUUCAUCGGCACACUUGAUGCAAAAACAUCAGGAGCUGGACAGGAUUCGCCAGAAUACUUUCGUUUCCCAGACAAAUUUUCACUUCUUCCAAACAUUUAUCCGUGUUUCACUCUCAACAGGAAUUCUACACUUGAGCAAAAUGCCAGCGGUGAAAAAUACGGUUUGCAAAUGAUCCUUUACAACGAAGAAAUAACUGAUGAAAGAUUCACUUAUGCAAAAAAAGCCGAGCCACUUGCGGAGAGGCGCCAAGGAGUAAUUGUACAUAUACACGAUCCAAAGCAACAUGUCCCUAUUUCUGAUGGAAUUCCCAUCCCAGAAGGAUUUCAUACACAUGUUGCCAUAAGAAGAAGAAUUAUAAAACUAAAACCCAGCCCCUACCCGUCGAAAUGCGUUCGAGGGGACGAACAAGACAAAGAGAGCAUAUAUCCUGGCAAGAACACUCAAAUGCAAUGUUACAGUUCGUGCUUCUUCACAAACUGCUAUAAACAAUGCCCUGGUGUAUUGUUAGAGAUGCGAGGCUUCAUGGGCCCCCCAAAGUACCCAAAAGUGGCUAACUACAGCGACCCACAGUUCUGGAAGUGCAUUAUGAAAUCCAUAGAGAAGUAUGACUAUCGAAAAUGCAACUGCAGUCCCAUUUGCGAAGAAGAGACUUACGAGGUUAAAGUAAAUCGUAACCCAUGGCCGCAAAGUUGGCAGGCAUCCUCAGUGUCACAUAUCGUCUCGGCGAUGAAAGGAGUAAAAAGUGUGAGCCUAUAUGAGGUUAGAGAAAGGCUGAUCAGGCUCAGUGUCUAUUACGAUGAGAUGGUGGAAUCAACGUUUGAAGAAAAAGAGGUGUAUGAUCGUUCAGCUCUAAUUAGCGACUUAGGGGGGCAAAUGGGUUUGUUUUUGGGAGCUUCGUUGUUAUCUUUUAUUGAAAUUUUUGCUCUUUUGUUCAGCUUUCUUGGCAAUAAAUUUUUUGGCAGCAAUAAAAUAAAGGGGUUUACGGUGAACUAAAAACAUUUUUGUCCAAACAGAUCGAGAACACCUGUUCUCUCACUCGAAGAUGCAAUAUCUAAUAUUUUUCAUGUCGCUAAAAUUAUAUGUUCGUAAAUGCUUUAACAUUAAAGCUAACGUUCUCUGCAUAUAAAUGUAACGGAAAUAAUUCUUACUUCUGUUAGAUAUAACCACACAUAUUGUUGAAUUAUAUCGCUAUUUUUAAAAAAAGAUAACUUCUACUUUUUUCAUUGGUAACAAUAUAAAGGAAAUUAUGUAAUGUCGCGGCUUAUAAUCGAGUAGAUACGGUAAGCACACACAAUGAACAGAUAGGAAAAAUGUCUGCCGCUGGUCAUAGUAUCGCGGGCUUAUGUGCACAUUUACACCUAACACGUGCCCAGUAAAAUCUGGGAGGCGAAGAUGAAACUUUCAGUGCCAGUAAACAGGAAUAAAAUAAUACUCUGUGAACAACGUAAUGAAAUUUACAAGGUGAGACGUAAAUAGUUCCAGAAUUAUAUCGAAACAUCGUAGUUUCAGUUGCUGUAGAGCGCCGUGCUAACUUCGCACAAUUUAAUUUUUCAGCCCCCGUAAAAGAUCAAUUGUAGCCUUGAAGGGAAUAUUUUCCCACUUACAAGCAUACAAGCAUUGUCAUCGUGACCAAUUCACAUUGCCUUAAUUUAAAUAUCUAAGCAUUGCAAAGUGCCGAUUUUGAGAUAUCAUCGUAGUUUCAGUUCCUAAUCAGUUGAGUUUAAAAGUGCUGUAGAACGCCGUGCUAACUUCGCACAAUUUAAUUUUUCAGCCCCCGUGAAAGAUCAAUUUUUAAGAAAAGAUAAAUUCUACAUUUUUCAUUGGUAACAAUACAAAGGAAAUUAUGUAAUGUUGAGGCUUAUGAUCGAGUAGAUACGGUAAGCACACACAAUGUUGAAUUAUAAGGCUUUAUUCGAGCUUACACUAUACUUAUUCAAUAAUCUAUAUGAGAUACACUACAAACAACUAUAGUAGCGAAAGUAUGUUUUCAUUUCAUCGCAUCUCUUCUAUUUAGUCAUUUAUACAGAAUAAUAUAUUCAAAACGUAAAAACCAAUAGAUUUGCUGAUAACUGUUGAAAAGCCAAGUUCAGAACGAACUGAAAUAAAAUCUUAGCUAAUCUAAUACGUUAACGAAAAGAGUGUUUAUAUUCAGAUAAAAUUGCCACUUCUGUUGGUAUUUUAAUGAAUAUUAGAUCAAAUUGGCGAAAUUAGUCUGUUAAGGGUCCUUUAUUAUCUUCGAUUGUAAUUCUUUUGAUUUAUCUACUUUUCACCAAAAACCAAAAAGGUGACAAAAUGCACAAUGUAUGUUAAAUUUGAACUGUUAUUAUGAGAAAAUUAUUGCAGCUAUUUUAUAUACAGUACUG